GAGUGAAGAGAUACACCGACCCGGUUAAGUAGGGAGCAGAAGGGGCCCUUGCAGAUGGCCGCCUCGAAGAAGGUUCAAGCGGCGCAGGACGGGCUUCCUUUGUGCAAAAGUCCGUGAUGACGUCCGCUACCGACGAGGGUGGGCCAACGGGGGUGGGCCAAGGAGUGCGUUGGCGCAAUUCAAGUAGAAGAGGGCGGCCAGACGGGCAACUGAUGGAGAGGGGCGCCCGGCUUGAGUUCGACCUGCAGGGAGAACGAGAAACGACAGCUGACUGGCUUGGCUGUUGUCUCUCUGGCUCUCUUUCCGUCCUUCUCCUUGCCUUUUUUAUUUAUUUCACUGUUCUCGUGUUUAAUCUAUCCACCGUGAGGGUUGUCCUGUGGGUGCUCCUGCAAACAGACAAGUUAGGCGGGUUCCUAAGAACUGAAGAUCCGAAACGAUCGCGGCUGCGAUUGGAAGCUCGGAGGGAUGCGCGCGCAUGCGUGACUAGCGAGAGAGAUCCUCUCUUCUCAUCCCACUUUUCCAAUUAUGGAUAUCUCAGCUGCACAGUUUCCCAGCUUCGGGACUAGAUCGCGUGGACGGGGACAAAACAAAGACGACGAGGUUCAACGCAUACGAAAUCGCAAGUACCUGGAUGUGCGCAGAUAUUCAGAGGUCAGCUAAGACUUGUCCGAGACUACCUCGCGCUACAUCCAAUAUCUCCCGGUGCUCGUCAAUGCGUCGAUGCGGGGAGGCAGAAGCACGUCGCGACAGCAGCGGACGGCAGAGGGAAAGAAAAAAAGUGGGGGAGUAGGUUUUGUGAUGUCAAUGCUAUCCAAUUUCCUCUAUGAAGCAUAUCAUAUUAAGGGGGGA